AUGGCCGAUCAGAGGUUCUGUUUGCGGUGGAACAACCACCAGCCUAACCUGGUGAACGUCAUGACGGGCCUGUUGAACAGUGAGAUGUUUGUGGACGCCACCAUUGCCGCUGAAGGCCGGAAAAUACAAGUGCACAAAGUUGUAUUGUCUGCAUGCAGCAGUUAUUUUCAAAUGCUUUUCAAUGAAACACCUUGUCAACACCCAAUAAUCAUCAUCAAGGACAUGUCUUAUAAUCAUUUAAAAACAUUAAUUGAGUUUAUGUACUAUGGUGAAGUUAACAUCUCUCAAGAUCAACUCCCAAUAAUUUUAAAAGCAGCUGAAAGCUUACAAAUAAAAGGGUUGACAGAGAAAACUAUGUUUCCGUUUGCUACAACACGACACGCAGAAACUGAAUAUAGUUUGUUGUCACCUUCAGCAAAACGAAAAAAAAUGCAUCUCAUGAAGACAUCCAGUGAUAAAUCUGAACACAACAGUUCUAUCGAAGAUAUAUCAGUAACCGAACAAGAUAAUAUGUCAAAUAGAUCUCAACCUACAUCACAAGGACAAGAAACAUCAAAACCUAUUAGUAGUGUAAGCAAACAAUCGUCUACAGAUAAUCAUACAACAAUCGUUCACCACAAACCUGAAGGUUGGUCGUUUUUGGAGCAGCUCUCUGAUUGCCCGCUCACAGUGUCCUACGACCAUACCCAAGCCAAAGCAGUAUCCAAACCAGAGAAUAAGUACGCAAAAAACGAGAACCCGGUAUUACGGGAGAAGUAUGGGAUAAAUAACCGUACCCCUUUGUGGCCUCGAGUACCAAAAAAAAAGGGUUAUCCUGUUCAUCGAAAAGGUCAGUCUUCCUCGUCUAUUCCAGUACCCUCGCCAGCAUCAUCAAUCAAUGGUCAAUCAUCCGAGCAAGUGUAUCAAGCUCCACUAUAUGAACCUUCAACAUCUCAAACGUCGGCAGUUGAUCAGCCUGCUUAUGGUUCAAAAUGUAUUCGCAACCUCUGA